UAUAAGCUAUCCAUAAUUUAUGGUGUAUAGAAAAGUUAAAAAAGAAGCAAUGUCGAAAUGUGAAAGAUACGUAUCAUUGUUUCAUCAUACACCGGGCGAGAUGCACGAGAUUGAAGAACGUUAUUACCAAAUGAAUCAAAAUCUUCUUAAACUGCUUGGCCUAUGGCCUUAUCAGCAAUCUUAUUUUACUCUAAUACGAAAAGUACUAUUUCUUGGUAUUCUUUCAGGAUACGUUAUUGCUCAGUUGCUAUCAUUUUUGACAAUGCAAUUUAGUGUAAGUCUCCUUCUCAAGAUUCUGACAUAUGUAGGUCCUACAUUUUUUGUCAUAAUAAAAUAUUGCAUUUUUAUAAUUAAAGCGGACAACGUAAAGUUGCUGCUAGAGCGGAUACGAGAUGACUGGAAUUUGUUGAAAGGCAAAUUAGAAAUUGAUAUUAUAAAAAAAUAUGCCAGUAGUGUGAGACUUAUUUCAAUGAUUGCAAUUAUUGUUUGUCAUUUUGACAUAUUAUGUUACAUAAUACUGGAACAUUUGCCGUUGCUACUUGACGUUAUAUUACCGUUGAAUAAAUCACGAACUUUGAAAUCUAUCGCGAUCACGGAAUAUUUUGUCACCCGGGAAAAAUAUAUCUGGGUAACGUUACUCCAUGAAAUAAUUGCCAUUUAUAUAAGAGUGAUCACGCUAUGUUGCACCGGUAUAACAAUGAUGAUGUACAUUUUACACGCAUGUGCGCUGUUUAAAAUAGCAAGUUGUCGAAUAGAAAACGCAAUUCAAGAGAAUGUGCUAGCGAUUCCUAAUCCUGUAAAGGAAUAUCUUCUUCAGCAGAGGAUUGCACAUGCAGUUCUUAUUCAUCGAAGAGCCAUCGCGUAUGUCGAGCUUUGGAUAUCGAGUUUUACGGUGACGCUUACUAUUCUGAUUUUGAUUGGAAUUUGCUCCUUAAGUGUUAAUCUUUUCCAUUUGUUCCAAGUACUGACAGUUAGCACUGACUUUGUCGAACUAUAUGCAGUUUUUGUAUCAGUAGUGGCUCACUUUAGUUAUAUGUUUGUCAUCAAUUACGGCGGAGAAAUAAUGCAGAAUCAUGGAAUGCAAGUAUUUGAAGCAACUUAUAACGGAUUGUGGUACGCAGCCCCGCCGCGGACGCAAAAAUUGAUAUUAUUUGUACUGCAAAGGGCAAUAGUGAAAGUCAAUUUGACAUGUGGACAUAUGUUUAUUGCGUCCUUAGAAGGUUUUCUUACGCUUACUAGUUCAGCACUAUCCUAUUUCGCAGUAAUUUAUUCAACGCGAUAAUAGACAAUUGUACAUACAAGCUUAUUAACAACCUCAGCUUUAUCAUAUUGACAUAACCAGCGUUCACUUAUUAUAAAUUUAUUAAAUAAAACGCAGAGACCAUUUGCGAGCGAGAAUAGUUAUAUUAUAAAAAUGUGUAAUUAUUUACCCUCUUUUUAAUUGUAUAAUAAACAAUAUGAUGGAGUAUAAUUUUGUUACAAAAUUUAUAUAUAUAGUUACCCACCAGUAUAGAACAUUUUUAACCGAGUGAAAAUGGUUGUAGCAUGUAACUAUUGGCUUUGCCUUGCGAUGAAUAAAAACAAAACUACAUUUAUAUUUUAUAUAUGUAUCUUUUUCAAAUAUUGUACAAUGCUCAUUAUAUAAGAAAUAAAAUGAAUGUCCUUUUAAUACAACUUCGGUACAAUUGAAUGACUAAUUAUGUUGCUACAUGUUAUUGCAACUAUUUAAGCUCUGAUAUUUCUUUAGAAAGAAAAAAGAAAA